UGGCACAAAAAAAUGAAUUUUAGCCGGAUGGGCGAAGAUCGCGAACGCAAGCACAAGAACAAAAUCAUUCGCAUUGGAAAUGAACAUUAAUCAUCCCUUACCGAGGUGUUUUUUUUCUGCUUGCCGCCUCCCAACGGAACCACGAGGCGAAGAAACGUAAACAAACUUGCAAAUUCGAAUUAAUGAUGCUUAUAAUACACCUUCGCACUAUCAGCGCAGCGUUCUGUACAGCCAUAUACAGUUCGAAAAAGUUUAUACUCUUCAAACGGGUUCGUGUUCAACACUAACGCAACGGCCAUCGAUUGGUGUAUGGAUUAAUGUGACUAGCAAAAAAACAAAAACAAAUGUGAUAAAAAUUACAUCAUCUUAGCACCAACGAAACAGUUUUCGCGUAACGUUUAAAAUGGCUCAUAUUUGGACAACGAUAGUAACAGUGGCAUUGAUGCUUCCGGUGGUCUAUUGUCAAAAAAUCCAAGAAGUGUUCCACUGGAAACGAAUUACGCACCAAAAAGAUUUCAACGCAGAUACACGUGACAUUUUUUUCGAAGAACUGAACCCGACAUCCUUGAAUAAUGAAACUUUUGCCAGUUAUGUCAACGUUCCUAUGGGAGUAACGCACCAUAAAGGUCGAUUGUUCAUCACUGUUCCCAGAAGAUUUCCAGGGGUUCCCUCUACGCUGAAUGUGAUCGAUAUUGCUACUAUUCCAGAAGGUGAAAUGAGUCCACCUUUAAAAGCGUACCCUGACUAUAUAGUAAACCAAUUGCACAGCGAUUAUCAUCCGGACCAAAAACGCUUCAUAUCAAUAUACCGCUCCAAAGUUGAUCGCUGCGAUCGUUUGUGGUUCGUUGACACCGGAAUGCUAGAGUACCCUGGUAAUGCCACACAAGUGCAACGUCCACAAGUGUGGAUUAUAGAUCUUUUGCGAGAUCGAAAAGUUCGCAGCUUUCCGAUUCCAGAGACGAUCGUGUGGACCGGUGAAGGUAUGGCUAGCUUGGUGGUAGAUGUAGACACCGAGAACUGCGAUAAAGCUUUUGCCUAUAUUCCUGAUCUUGUUCAGGCAGCCAUAUACGUGUACAGUUUUGAGGCUAAUCGAAUGUGGGCAUUUAGACACAGUUCAUUUCAGCAAAACCCGCAGCGAGCCAAUUUCCACGUUGCAGGCUUGCGCUUUGUCUGGGACGAUGGGAUAUUUUCAAUCACGCUGGGUAGACGCGAUCCAUUGACAAAGGCGAGGCCAGUCUAUUAUCAUCCAAUGGUUAGCACAUCGGAAUUCACCACUAGCAGUUUGACGCUGCAAAACGAAUCGCUGGCCAGUACGGAAAAUUACGGACAAUUCUUUCAGCUGCUGGGUGAUCGUGGUCCAAACAGCCAAUCAACUUUGCACCACUAUGACGAGGAAACCGGUGUAAUUUUCUACGCCGAGGUAAACCGCAACGCAAUAGGAUGCUGGAAUUCUAAGAACAACUUCACGGCAGAGGACCACGAUACAAUCCUCUUGGAUCAUGCAGAUCUUAUCUAUCCAGGAGAUCUGAACGCUGACGCUGACGGUGUAAUUUGGGUUUUGGCAAACAAUUUGCCAACUUGGCUAUAUUCACGAUACGAUGAAAACAGAUACAACUUUCAUGUGUGGCGAAUCGUUCCAAAAGAGGCAAUUAUCGGAACCAAGUGUCACAACUAGUGUCGUUUGAAUGCUCAAUGUGGUUUUAAAGCUCAAUGAAUUCACGGGAAUAUCUGGGAAAUAAUACUUGUGAAUGCACAAUUUAGGUUAAUGAACUGACAUAGCAACUGAAAGCAGAGUUUCAGUUUGCAAAAGGAAAUCAACUUUUACUUACGUAGCUUCAAAUAGGUUUAGCGAAAACAUUUGUGCUGUGUGAUUUGUUGCGAUCUCAACAUACUGUUGUAUUUGAUUUCUCAACAUAUAGUUGUGAACCCUCAUCCACAGACAAACAGACGUGCCACUCGAUGACAAUUUCAUCGUCCAGAAACAUAACGAUUAUUCUGAAAUUUUUUUCGGUACGCAAUGCCGCUGGUUUCACAUAAGCAAGCGAGCUAAUUAGCAAAGACAAAAACCGUUUUUAAGAAUAUGAGUUAAUGGGCAUUAAGCUCACAUGCGCAAAAUUUCAGCCCCAUAAAAAAUGGUCGAUUAAAAUGGUUGUCCUUUUUUUGUUGGGGAAUUGCUCACAAAACAUUAAAAACGUCAAACAUAACAAGCACUUAUACACGUUUGAAAUAGUUAUAAUGUCCGAAACAGCAGAAACAUUACAAAAAGAAGAUCAAAUAUGCAAAACAUGUCAAAAUUGUCGAAAAAAAAGAUCGAAAAAGACUAAAACUUCAAAGCAAACAGUUGACUUAACUUUGAUGUUUUUUCACUAGAAAUUCCUGCAUAUCGGCUUAGCUAUGAAAUAUUACAAUUCCUUAUCAAAAUCAUCACAUCCUGUACGUCACCGUAAAAGUGAUACACACAUUUGAUUGCCUCUUUUCGCAUCGGGAGGCAAAGCAAAGCUUUGGUGCUACAAUCCGAUUGGAAACUCGACCUUCUGUUUAUUAUACACAGACUUCGCGGCCAACUGUUCAGUGUACAGGACACAAUUGAUACUAUCUUACUGACACUAACAAUCUCCCCCGAGUCGAGACUCGAAUCUACGACGACUGGCUUGUUAGGCUGGCGUCGUACCUCGAGACCAGCUGGAAGCCGCAUCGGGAGGCCUACCCUGUUAGUCAGAUGUAUUCGUUUUGAUUGCGACACAUGUUUGUAGUUCACUUUUAAGUGAACUACAAGUGAAAAUUGAAAUGAAUUUAGGUAGAAAACAAAUCAUGAUUUUGUAUCUUACUGGAAUGAGCAACAUACAGAAGGAAACUGUCACAUCUGAAUUUGAACAGUUUAUUCGUGUACAGGACCAUCAAACUAUUGAAGGAAACUGGCACGGUUGUUCUCAAGUAGAAACCGAGUACCACCCAAGCAACAAUUGAAACAUAAUGAAAAAAUAAAUUGUGAUCAUUUGUUGCACUAAUGAAAUUCCGAGGUUUUAAGAAACAUUUUUUGUUACUACGAUAAAAUUGUAAAGAAACAAGCAACAACUAAAGUUGCAUCGCUGCUUCAAAAAUCAUCAUACCAACAACGAAAUUCGCGAGGUUGGAUUUGUUGUUGAAACGUAUAAACGGCAUUUGAAAAGCUAACCUUCACUAAAUAGAUCUAGUGGGCGGAGCAUAUAGGUUGCCAACGUGAUGCUUGCGAGAUACAAAAAACAAACACAGAAAAAUACUUCUAAAAGUUGCUGUCAUGUUCUGAAGCCAUGUAACAGCAACUUUUGCUCGAUCGUUCGCCUUAUAUUUGUUUCUGAGAUGAGGUUAUUUACUGCGUUGUAACUUUUGGGUACUUGGACUAGAAGUCGUCCAAAAAGUGUGGGUCUCUAAAACGAAAUGUGAUAAAUUGCUUUGAAUUUCAAUAUCACGCUGAGGUACUGAUGAAUUGAAUAAGCAAAUUUAAAACUGGUAAUGACCAUUAGCAUGAUAAGGGAAGCAAUAUUUAAAACUGAGCCAUGAACUUGCAAGUGUUUCUACAGCAAAUGACGUGAAUAGUACAAACGAAAAACGUGAAUAGAAAUUGAUAACUGGAGUUGAAUCCUCAAAUUUCUGGAAAUAAUCAAAGAUAAAUCGCUAUACAGAAAAUCUCUUUCCAUUCUGACCAUUUGCCGUUUUACAAUCUUACCACAACGCCAUGAAGUUUCUAUUGCGCCCUAGUUGCUGUUACGAUGCCCCUUCGUAGCUGAAAUUUUUCCCAUGCAGCAUUUGCCAUGUUGUUAUUAAAUUCCAUGCAAUAAUUCAUACACAUUGCGGUUUCAUUCUUGAAACUUGUGUUGAAACAACGAAAAUGUUGCAAUUGGCUCCACCUCCUGCGCUUUUUUUGUCAUUGUAUAAGAAACUGAGAUGUAGCUGCAACUUAAUUUCACAUAAGAAAUUGUUGCUGUGAUGCACAAAGUUCAUAAUCGAAACAAAUUUUGCUGCUUGGGCAGUUAGUCUAUGUAAUUCGAGUGUACCAGUACCAGUGAACAACAACUUGACCAGAUCGGUACAGCAUAAAGCAUUGCUGGUCUAAAAAUUUGUUUGUAAAUCAAAAGUUUGUUCUUUAAACAAAGUUUAGAUUUCCUGUUAAAGAGAGGAUAUAAACAUCUUGUAUAUUUGAUGCACUUGGCUUGUAUACUCUCAAUGUGCUCUUUGAAAACAAGUUUUUAAUCGUAGAUUAGUCCCAAGUACUUGACCUUGUCCACCAACUUUAAAAAACCCCAUUCAUCUUGAUAACGUGAUUAUUGUUUAGCUUAAAGAAAGAAGACCUAGUCUUAUGGGGAAAAAUUAUCAUGUAAGUUUUAGAAGCAUUUGGAGAAAUUUUCCACUUUUGUAAGUAGGAAGUAAAAAUAUCUAAACUUUUCUGCAAUCGACUGCAUAUGACACGAAGACUUUUUCCUUUCACGGAAAUGCUUGUGUCAUCGCAGAACAAUAACUUUGUGCAUCCCGGAGGCGAAUCAGGAAGAUCUGGAGUGAAUAUGUUGUACAGGACUGGACCCAAGACUGAACCUUGAGGCACACCUGCUCUGACAGGAAAUCUAUCAGAUUUUGAAUUCUGAUAGUCAACUUGCAGAGUUCGAUCAGUAAGAUAAUUUUUCAAAAUUUUGAUUAGGAAAAUUGGAAAAUUAAAAGUUUGCAAUUUCGCAAUCAAACCUUUAUGCCAAACGGUGUCGAAUGCUUUUUCUAUGUCUAAAAGAGCAGCUCCAGUGGAAUAACCUUCAGAUUUGUUAGCUCGUAUCAUAUUAGUAACUCUGAGCAAUUGAUGAGUUGUGGAAUGCCCAUGGCGAAAUCCAAACUGUUCAUUUGCAAAAAUUGAAUUUUCGUUGAUGUGUGACAUCAUUCGGUUAAGAAUGAUUCUCUCAAACAGUUUACUUAUUGAAGAAAGCAAACUGAUUGGUCGGUAACCUGAAACCUCAGCUGGAUUCUUAUCCGUUUUUUUUGCAUUUUUCCAUAAUUUGGGAAAAUAUGCAAUUUUGAAGCAGCAAUUGAAAAUUUUCACUAAAAAUUCCAUUGUGCUCUCAGGGAGAUAUUUGAUUAAUAUAUCAAAGAUUCCAUCGUCACCAGGUGCUCAAACUGCUGAUCAAGCCUUUGAGCCUUUUGUUCAUUGGAUACAAGAAAACGUUCACCAUCUUUUAAAACUGGAAUAGGCUUUUAAGGUUUCUUAAGAACCUUCGACAGCUUCCAAAAGGGUCUUGAAUAUGGUUUCAAUUUUCCAACUUUAGUCUGAAAAUUUUGAUUUCUCAGAAGAGUAAAUCUAUGUUAAAUCUCUUUCUGUGGAUCUUUAUAAAUAGUUUUAAAAACAGAGUCACGAGAACGUUGAUAUUGACGUCUACGGACAUUUUUCAAACGAAUUAGAAGUUGAAGAUUUUCGUUAAUUAAUGGUGAAUCAAAUAUCAUUUGAGCCUUUGGAAAAGAAUAAUUCCUGGCAUUAAUAAUUGCACAUUUUAGGGCUUCUAAAGCAGAAUCAAUAUCCACUUCGUUAUGCAAAUCUAGCUCAUUAUUGAAAUUAUUUUCAAUAUGAGUUUUAUAUCUUUCCUAAUUAGCCUUGUGAUAAUUAAAAACAGAGCUUAUAGGGUUUAGAAUUGAUUCGUGUGAUAUGGAAAAAGUUAUUGGAAGAUGGUCAGAAUCAAAGUCAGCAUGUGUGAUCAAUUCACUACAUACAUGACUUUGAUCUUUUUCUUACAGAAGAAAAACAUGUAGGACUAUUCGGAGACAAAAUAGAAUAGUAUCCUGAGGAACAAUCAUUGAAUAAAAUAUUCCCAUUGGAAUUACUCUGAGAAUUAUUCCAUGAUCGAUGUUUAGCGUUAAAUCGCCGAUUAUGAAAAAUUUUGAACGAUUUCUGGUGAGUUUUGGUAAAUUACCUUGAAAAUAAUUUUUGUGCUCGCGUGUGCAUUGGAAUGGUAAAUAUGCUGCGGCAAUAAAUAAAUUCCCAAGUUCAGUUUGAACUUCAAUUCCCAAAGUUUCAAUAACUUUCGUCUCAAGAUGGGGAAGAGCACGAUGUUUGAUUCGGCGAUGAAUAACAAUUGCAACUCCACCGCCGGAAACCUGAAUCCUUUCAUAUCUAUGAACCACGUAAUUGGGAUCAUAUUUUAAUUUAAUGUUAGGUUACAAAAAUGUUUCAGUAAUAAUUGCAAUGUGCACAUUAUUUACUGUUAAAAAAUUAAAAAGCUCACUCUCAUUGGCCUUCAAUGAGCGAGCAUUUCAAUUGAAAAUUUUGAUUGUUUUAUUUAAAUUUAUUGCUAAAUUUUGAAUUAGAAACAAUUUUAAUUGUAAAAUUUGUUCCAAUUUGAAUGGCAUCGUAAAUUAAUCACAAGUAUUUAACCUUGUCGAACCAACUCAACGUGAUUCAUCGUGAUUAUUGUUUGACUUGAGAAAAUAAGCUCUAAAUUUAAAUAAAAAAAACGUCGGUCAAUAUAGUUUUAGACCGGACAAAGAGAACAUCUAACCACAGACAAACAAACGUGCCUCUUCGAACAAAAAUCCUGAAAAAUCUUCGUCCUUAUUCGAAACGUUACACUCAUGCGCCACCAUGUGAGCUUAUUGCCUACUAACUUAUUUUCGGAGAACGGUUUUUAUCUUUGCUAAUCGGUGUGCACGCUUUCUUAAGUUAACACAAGCGGCAUUAUCGAUGGUUUUUGGCUUUGAUAAUGAAUGUGCACGCUUGCUUAUAGCGACACUAGCGGCAUUAUUGCCCACUAAGCAAAAUUUCAAAAUUAUCGUUAUUUUUUUGGUCGAUGAAAUCGCCAUCGAAAGGCACAUCUGUUUGUCUGUGAUCUAACCUUUUCUGUAAUCGACAACAAGACACGAUUUUUUUUCCUUCAUGAAAAUUCCCAUAUGAUCGUAUCACAGGACUGAAACCUGCUCCGGUAAGAAACUGUCAGAUCAGGUCAAACGCUUGCUUUUUUAUGUUUAGAAGAGCAGCUCUUGGAAAAUGAACUUCAGAUGUAUUAGUUCGAACGUAAUUGGUUCAAUGAUUUAAUCUAUUUCAAGUUAGUUUCAAUUACUUCAUUAGAUUAAAAUUCUUGGGAGAUAUUUAGGGCUGUAUUACAGAAGAUUCGAUGAACAACUCGUCUCAUUUAAAAUACAUGGGCGAAUCGAGGGCCCUUAAUCAUGGGUCCUAAUAACUUAAAAUACGAAUUAUAUGAACACUCUUAAACUAAUAAGCAAGUCCUUGAACUUUUCGUUCAUUUGUUACAAAAAAAAUGAUCACUAUUUUUAACUACCGAAAUAA